CACAAUAGUGUCCCUAAAUUGAUUGCACACCUAUAUUCAAGUCUUUCCAUGGAGAAGGUACAAGUUUUCAUCGUCGGAGCGGGUCCUUCUGGGCUUGCCACAGCAGCAUGCCUAAGCAAACUCUCUAUACCAUAUAUCAUCGCUGAGCGUGAAGAUUGUAUUAUGUCAUUAUGGCAGAAAUACACAUAUGAUCGCCUCAAGCUCCACAUCGCCAAAGAGUUUUGUGAGCUACCCCACAUGGCAUACCCAACUGAUUCGCCGACGUACCUUCCCAAAGACCAGUUUUUAAGGUAUAUGGAGGAUUAUGUCAAGCACUUCAAUAUAUCCCCGAAGUUUAACACUUCAGUUGAGUCAUGCAUGUACGAUGAGGUGAGGAAAUGUUGGGUUGUCACGACACAUAACAAGGUGGAUGGCCCAACUAUGUAUGCAUCCAACUUCUUGGUUGUAGCAACAGGUGAAAAUAGUAUGGGAUAUGUUCCAGAGAUCGUUGGCCUACAAAGCUUUCCUAGUGAAACAAUCCACUCAUCAAGUUACAAGUCCGGAAAUGAUUAUGUUGGGAAAAGCGUGCUUGUUGUUGGAUGUGGGAACUCUGGCUUUGAGAUUGCCCAUGAUCUUGCAGUGCAUGGAGCUAACACUUCCAUCAUUAUCCGUAGUCCGUUGCAUGUUAUGACAAAGGAGUUGAUCCACCUGGGCAUGGUGCUCUCAACGUGGCACCUUCCACUGAAGCUUGUAGAUCUUAUUCUUAUGAUCGUCGCAUAUAUCUUAUUAGGUGAUUUAUCAAAGUAUGGAAUUGUGAGGCCUAAUAUUGGUCCACUCACCCUAAAAGCAAAAACUGGUCGGUCUGCUGUCAUAGACACUGGCACCACUAAGCUAAUAAAAAAAGGUGAUAUCAAGGUAUUCGGUCCAAUAUCAUGCAUUCGAGGAAAUCUCAUAGAGUUUGCAGAUGGGAAUGAGAGGUACUAUGACGCUAUUGUGUUUGCCACAGGUUACAAAAGCACCGCCAAUAUAUGGCUCAAGAACGACAUGGGUAUGCUAAAUAGUGAUGGCAUACCCAAAAAAGACUUCCCCAACCACUGGAAAGGUGCAAAUGGACUCUACAAUGUCGGAUUUGCAAGGAGGGGAUUGGCUGGUAUUGCACAUGAUGCCAAUAUUGUUGCAAGUGACAUCCAUACCAACAUAGAAAUGACAUAUUUUAAUUAGACUCUCCUAGUACUUUAUCACAUUUUCUAGAUCAUUCAUCCUAAAAAUGAUCUCCGAAAAUGUCAUAGCUUGGUUUGUUGUUAAGUAUUUAUUUUUGUGAAGUUGAUUUUAU